GGCGGCGCUGAGGGGAGCGGGGGAGUCCCGGGAGCCCCGGGCAUGGGGCGGUGUCCCCGCUUCUGUGUGGGAACCUGUGGUUCACAGAAUGUACAAGAAAACACCGAGUGCUUGAUUUCAGCUUAUCCAAUGGCUUGAUAUAAGUGGACAUCCUUCCUCUGCAGAUCCUGUUCUCUCUCCAGAUGGACUGUAGGAGGUGUCUGUGUCCUGUUUGCUUCUGAUGUUCCUGUGUGUGGCCUCUGCCACCACCGUUCACACCUGGCUUGGAAGUGUCACCCAUGUCAGAGGUUCCUGCCAGAUGCUGGAUGUGUGGUGUCACCAACAAAUACAGCACUUUUGGAAGCCGAUUCUGCUAUAACAAAGCCUGAACCUUGCAAUCUUCAUCCUCAGUCCGGUUCUGUAUUUCUCCCCAUACCGGGUAUUUCUUCCCGGAGCCGCGCUCCCCGCGUUCCCACAGCUGGAUCGGGGGUUCCUGGGGAAAAUGGCUGCGCCGCCCGCUCCCUCCCCGUAAACCUGGAGGACCGGCGGUGCCGCGCUAUCCCCACGUCUCUAUGGCCGCGGUCUGCACCUGAGUUCGCCGGCUCCAGCUGCGGGUGGCGCUCUAUCCGCCCUGGCGGCUCAGUGGUGCUUGUGGGCGGUGCCGCUCUGUGCCGCUGCGGGGCCGUCUCGCUGGCCGCGGGGAGGGCGGGCCUGGCGGAGCCAUGGCGGCCGUGCGGGGCCUACGGAUCUCGGUGAAGGCGGAGGCAGCGGCGACAACGGCGGAGCCUCGUGGCCCGGAGCCUGAGCCUAUGGAAGUAGAAGAGGGCGAGCUGGAGACCAUCCCUGUCAGACGCUCGCUACGGGAGCUCAUUCCGGACACAAGUAGGAGAUAUGAAAACAAAGCUGGAAGUUUCAUUACUGGAAUAGAUGUAACAUCCAAGGAAGCAAUUGAGAAAAAGGAACAAAGAGCAAAACGCUUUCAUUUUCGAGCUGAAGUGAAUCUUGCCCAAAGGAAUGUGGCACUGGAUAGGGACAUGAUGAAGAAAGCAAUUCCUAAAGUGAGACUGGACACAAUCUACAUUUGUGGGGUGGAUGAGAUGAGUACACAGGACAUCUUUGCAUAUUUCAAGGAGUAUCCUCCUGCUCAUAUUGAGUGGUUAGAUGAUACAUCAUGUAAUGUGGUCUGGCUUGAUGAAGUAACAGCAACACGGGCUCUAAUAAAUAUGAGUUCCUUGCCUGAUCAGGAGAAAACAAAAAGCAGAGAAAACAAUGAAGAGAAGACAGCUGAAAAACCCAAGAAAGAAAAACAGGAAGAAAGUUCUGAUGAUGAAACAGAAGAAGGCGAGGUUGAGGAUGACAAUCCAAGUGAUGUUGAGUUGGAUGCCCUCUCCCAGGUAGAAGAGGAUUCUCUCCUGCGUAAUGAUCUUCGCCCUGCCAAUAAACUGGCUAAAGGAAACAAGCUAUUUAUGAGAUUUGCUACUAAAGAUGACAAAAAAGAGCUGGGAGCUGCAAGGCGAAGCCAGUAUUACAUGAAAUAUGGCAAUCCAAAUUAUGGAGGCAUGAAGGGGAUUCUUAGCAAUUCUUGGAAACGAAGAUACCAUUCCCGUCGAAUCCAUCGGGAUGUGAUAAAGAAAAGGACACUGAUUGGGGAUGAUGUUGGGUUGACUCCUUACAAACAUCGUCAUUCAGGUUUAGUAAAUGUUCCUGAGGAGCCUAUUGAAGAGGAAGAAGAGGAGGAAGAUCAGGAUAUGGAUGAAGAUGACAGAGUUGUGGUAGAGUACCGGGAUGAGCUGCAAGCUUUCAAACAGUCCCGGGAACGCAGUGCAGCGAGACGGUCGAGUGCCAGUGCAUCUGAUUCUGAUGAGAUGGACUAUGAUCUUGAACUGAAAAUGAUAUCAACACCUUCUCCCAAGAAGAGCAUGAAAAUGACAAUGUAUGCAGAUGAGGUGGAAUCACAACUGAAAAAUAUUAGGAAUUCCAUGCGAGCAGAUAGCAUAGCAACCAGUAACAUCAAAAAUCGGAUUGGCAGUAAAGGAUUAUCAGACAAAGUUGCAGAUGUAAGACUCCUGUUAGAAGAGAAACGUCAGAAUAAUACUGGGCCACGUCAGCAAAACAGCACUGUAAAGUCAGAUGUGCGGCAGAGGCUCGGAAAAAGACCCCAUUCUCCAGAAACUAAACCUCCAAGCAGCACCUCUGCUCCUCGUCGAGAACCAAUAUCAGAUGUACACAGCAGGUUGGGAAUCCCCAAACAAGAUGUAAAAGGGCUCUACUCUGACACCAGAGAGAAGAAAUCAGGCAAUUUAUGGACCCGAUUAGGGUCUGCCCCGAAGACACAAGAAAAGACUUCAGAUAAACCUGAAAACUCUGUGGCAUCUCCAGAGGAAGAUGAUUCAGAGCUGCAGAGGGUUUGGGGUGCUCUCAUCAAGGAAAAAGAACAAUCUCGGCAAAAAAAGAGUCGAUUGGAUAAUUUACCCUCCCUACAGAUUGAAAUCAGCCGAGAAAGCAGUUCUGGGUCAGACACUGAAUCAUGAUCAUUUUUACAUUCUGAUCCUCAAGAUUGUGACUCUGCAGUGUGGCAAGAUUUCUUUUGCCCAAAAGCUGGACACUGGCAAAGGGAUUCUCCAGUGAAGGUUCCAGAAGUGUCUCUGUUCCUUUUAUACAAAAAUGGAGAUGGAGAUGCAGAUAUCACUUGAAACCUAAAGCAAUCACGUUUGUCUGGAGUCUGUGGUUGGCCCUGUGUUACGAAGGGCAUUGUCAUAUAUGUUUAUUACAGCAAACCUGUAGUUAAUUCUAGCAAAACACUUUUCCCCAAGCAUUAAGCUUAAAAGAAGAGGCAGAAAUGCCCUGUAUUUUUUAGAGACGACCUUUUUGUUCUUAAUAUUUUUGACAUGGAGCCUUUUAACAAAUUAUUUUACACAGUUCAUCCAAAGAACAGGGCAUUUUAUAAUCAGCAUCAUUGCCUUACCCUUCUGGCUCUUACCAGCACCUUUCCUUUCUUCUUGAAGUAAUAACAAUAAUGCUUCCUGGGUAAGCAGCCAGCAAGGAUAAUGCAUGGAGGGACUGUUAAGUUCCUAUCCUCCAAAACACUGAAUGUAAAUUUAAGUUAAAUGUUUUAGUGCAGUGAAAUGUCACAUAUUAUCUGAGUAGCAUCACUGCGCUCAAGGAAUUCUGCUCAUUUGUUUUGGUGAUACUAUGUUCUGCUGUAGUAGAGAUUGAGAUGUUCAGGACUGCAAAGCUGGGUGCUUGGUAAUUGUGUUAAUUCCCAAGGGUUGAAUUUUUUGUUGUAAUUGUUGUUACAUGAUAAGAAAUUAUAUUUCUUUCAUUUUAUCUGUAUUAUGUUUUGAAGAAAUCUAACAAUUUUAAAACAUAUACUUUUAUAUUUGUGAGAAUUUUCCUGUUGACCACAGUGAAAGCUAUAGUGGUGUUUUCCUAUGUGCUGUUUAACUAUAUAUAUAUAUAAAUGAAAGAGGAAAGGAAAACUAUAGGAUCCCUGUCUCAUGUCAAUAUUUUUCAAUGUUCUUGUUGUAUAGUUCAUGUGACUGUGCACAUGGCUGACUUGUUACAUUCAGCUUUUUUACCCCCAUACCCUCUCUAGGUAGGAAAAAGGUUUGAUAAAUGUUUGAUAAAUGUGCAACUGCCAUUUUUUCCUGUUGCCUAUGGCAUCUAUUUUGGUUGCCAAUAGUGCUCAGACAUCACAUUGUGGCAAACAGAACAGGUAGCAAAAACACUGCUACAUUUUGAUGGUCUGAAAAUUUGUUUGCAUUGUCUCUGUUUUCUAGGUUCUGUCAGUCUAAAAUGUCUAUUAAUAUCUCUUCCCCUUUGUGCUUUUUAACAAAUGUUUUAUCUUCCCAUCCCCACCCCCCUCCGUUUUUGUACUAGGUUGAAGUAGGUUUGAGGCUUCACAAAAGCAAGGAAUCUGCAAUUAACUUCUUAUUGCUUUAUUAUAUGUAAGAAUAGCAACGUGUAAAAUUAAAGGUGAAAUGAAAGGUACGGUGAGUAGAAGGGUAAUCUGGGGACUGACUUGGCUUCAAGCCUUAUUAUUUCCUUGUUUGGUGACACUCAUCCUUGAUUUUUAUAUUUAAUUAUUGAAUAUAUAAGUAUGUC